GUGACCAUCAGGAAUAGGCACAAUGAUGUGGUACCCACCAUGGCUGAAGGUGUCAUCGAGUAUAGGGAUACGUUUGGGGCAGAUCCUGUGACAUGUCAAAACAUUCAGUACUUUCUGGACCGCUUUUACAUGAGCCGCAUCUCCAUUCGCAUGCUCAUCAACCAGCACACUCUGAUCUUUGAUGGCUCCACGAAUCCAGGACAUCCCAGCAGCAUCGGGUGCAUUGACUCCUGCUGCGACGUCACAAAUGUAAUCAGAGAUGCAUAUGAGUGCGCUAAAAUGCUCUGUGAGCAGUAUUACCUCGGUUCACCCGAGCUGGAGCUUAGAGAGAUAAACGCAAAGAACAAGUCACAGCCAAUCGAGAUAUCCUACAUUCCUUCUCAUCUCUACCACAUGGUUUUUGAGCUCUUCAAGAACGCAAUGAGGGCUACUAUUGAGACUCAUGAAACUAGCAGCACCUUGCCACCGAUCAAAGUCAUGGUUGCUCUAGGUGGAGAGGACCUGUCAAUCAAGAUCAGUGACCGGGGCGGUGGCGUUCCUUUCAGGAAGAUUGAUAGACUUUUUAGCUACAUGUAUUCAACAGCGCCCAGACCAACUAUUGGUGACCGUCACCGGACCCCAAUGGCUGGCUUUGGUUACGGCCUUCCCAUCUCCCGCCUGUAUGCACGCUACUUCCAAGGUGAUCUCCAGCUUUAUCCAAUGGAGGGCUAUGGUACAGAUGCUGCAAUUCAGCUGAAGGCCCUGUCUACAGAUUCAGUAGAGAAGCUUCCAGUGUUCAAUCAAACCGCCUUGCGCCAUUACAAAUUCAACCAGGAAGCUGAUGACUGGUGUGUCCCGAGCAAAGAGCCGCUGAACUUAGCUGCGUACAAGGCUGCAAAGUGAAACACCGAAGCUGGUUGCCUUAAAGUCAUGACAAAUGCCUUCAAGAGAUUGGCAAGAAAGGGUGCCAUUGAGAAUGCAUUCAUGGACCAGUGACAGCAUUUCCUUUUCCAGUUUUCUUUGAGUACUGUUGUCUGGGAACAGUUAAACUGCAUGUUGAAGAAUUUAAGAUUCCAAACAGUAGAUUCCUUAGUACAAAACAAGUUAUUACUGUGGUGCCGCUGAAGUUGGUAUUUUUCAGCUAAAGCUCAGGGAUGCAGAGUCCUGUGCGAGUGUGAAAGCCUGAAGUAGCGAGAGUUGAUCAAAUGCAUGUGAACCUGAUUAAAGCAGGUGGAAAGAGCUUAAAACAGACAGACAGAAAUGUUUGUAUUACAAAGAAAUAAAUACUGAAGGCAGUAGAAAUGCAGUUGGGAUGAGAAGAUGAGAGGUCAGAAAAAGUGUAUGAAUUGUGAGAAGUGUCAAAAUAAGGAAGAUGUGGCCCAAGGUGUAUUUUUCCUCUGUAAAGAGGCCGGACAGUUUGAAAUCAUGCUUGAUGUGUGAAGUGUGAUCUACACUAUUUAAAAAAAAAAACAUUCAUGUAAGCAUUUAUUAAUAGCACUGUACGGUUUUGUUUCAUUGCAUAAUGAAUGACCAUAAGAUGUGUAUACUUAUUGUUCACAAUAUUUAUCAUUUUUAAAAGGACCUUGUUGUUUGAGUUUUUAAUAUGAAUGAAAUAAAUCAAAUAUUUUCUCAUCAACACAGAUAA